AGGUUGCAGAGUCUCCAAGUAAGGGGAGAAGGCGCACUCAUCUCUCUCUCUCCCCCUCCCAAUCCUUUCUCUUGGGGCGGCGAUCGUAGAAGCAACGGGCGUUGAGCGGCGGAAGAAGCCUGAGAUGGCGGUGGUAAGUUCGGCGAGUGGCCUUAUUGCGAUGCUCCACGAGCCGCACCCGGCGCUGAAGCUUCACGCCCUCGACAAGCUUAACUCCCUCGUCCACCUCUUCUGGCCCGAGAUCUCCACCAGCGUCCCGACCAUUGAAAGUUUAUAUGAAGAUGAGGAGUUUGAUCAGAGGCAACUUGCUGCAUUGGUGGUGUCCAAGGUGUUCUACUACCUUGGAGAACUUAAUGACUCAUUAUCUUAUGCACUUGGUGCUGGACCCCUGUUUGAUGUAUCAGAAGACACAGAUUAUGCUCAUACUCUCUUAGCCAAAGCGCUAGACGAAUAUGCCAGCCUCAGGUCUAAAGCAGCAAAAUCAAGUGAAGAGGAGUCAAAGAUGGAUCCUAGGUUGGAAGCUAUAGUGGAAAGGAUGCUAGACAAGUGCAUUUUGGAUGGAAAAUAUCAGCAAGCCAUGGGAAUGGCCAUUGAGUGUAGGAGACUGGAUAAGCUUGAGGAAGCUAUUACUCAUAGCGAUAAUGUUCAUGGUGCACUUUCGUACUGCAUCACUCUUUCACAUUCUUUCGUUAAUCACAGAGAAUAUCGUUGUGAGGUUCUCCGUCUGCUUGUUAAAAUAUAUCAAAGGUUGCCUUCUCCUGAUUAUCUAAGCAUUUGCCAAUGUCUCAUGUUUUUGAAUGAACCUGACACUGUUGCGACCAUUUUGGAGAAGCUACUAUCUGGGAGCAAGGAUGAUGCACUUCUUGCAUUUCAGAUUGCUUUUGAUCUUGAGGAAAACGAACACCAAGCCUUUCUAUUAAAUCUGAAAAGUCGUUUGGCUGGCUCGAAAUCCCAAGCUGUAGAUCAUGUGAACCCUGAACAAGGGUCUAGUGCACCAACUUCAGAGAACGGGAAUGCCACUGCUGACAAUGCAGUUGCUGCAUCUGAGGAUGUUCACAUGACAGAAGAAUCUCAUACUGCCAAUGGGACUUCACAAGAUAUCAAUCAAACUGAUGGUGCAUAUAAUGAGAGACUUGCAAAGAUAAAAGGAAUUUUAUCAGGAGAGACUUCAAUACAGUUGACUCUACAAUUUUUAUAUAGUCACAAUAGGUCGGACCUUUUGAUUCUUAAGACGAUAAAGCAGUCUGUGGAAAUGAGAAAUAGUGUCUGCCACAGUGCAACAAUAUGCGCCAAUGCAAUAAUGCAUGCUGGAACAACUGUGGAUACCUUUCUUAGAGAAAACCUGGAAUGGCUUAGUAGGGCAACGAACUGGGCUAAGUUCAGUGCUACAGCCGGACUAGGAGUCAUCCAUGGAGGCCAUCUGCAGCAAGGCAGGUCUCUCAUGGCACCUUAUCUCCCUCAAACUGGUGCUGUUGGUGGAGGCAGCCCUUACUCAGAAGGUGGUGCCCUUUAUGCUCUUGGGUUAAUUCAUGCCAACCAUGGAGAAGGCAUAAAGCAAUUUCUCCGUGAAAGCCUGCGGAAUACUAAUGCUGAGGUCAUCCAGCAUGGUGCAUGCUUGGGAUUGGGGUUGGCAGCCUUAGGAACAGCAGAUGAAGUAAUAUUUGAAGAUGUCAAAAAUGUACUUUAUACAGAUAGUGCUGUGGCUGGUGAAGCUGCUGGCAUUAGCAUGGGACUACUUAUGGUUGGGACUGCAAGUGAGAAGGCAACUGAGAUGCUUGCAUAUGCACAUGAUACACAGCAUGAAAAGAUCAUAAGGGGCUUAGCUCUUGGAAUUGCAUUGACAGUAUAUGGAAGGGAAGAACAGGCUGAUACAUUGAUUGAGCAAAUGACUAGAGAUCAAGAUCCUAUUAUCCGUUAUGGUGGCAUGUAUGCUUUGGCUUUAGGUUAUAGGGGGACAUCAAACAACAAGGCCAUCCAUCAGUUGCUUCAUUUUGCUGUGUCGGAUGUAAGUGAUGAUGUUCGCAGGACAGCUGUUCUAGCCCUUGGAUUUGUCCUAUAUUCUGAACCUGAACAGACCCCAAGAAUUGUUUCCCUGCUAUCAGAGUCUUACAACCCACAUGUCCGAUAUGGUGCAGCUCUAGCAGUUGGCAUUUCCUGCGCUGGUACUGGUUUAAGCGAUGCCAUUUCUUUGCUAGAGCCAUUGACGUCUGAUGUCGUGGAUUUUGUUCGCCAAGGAGCCCUCAUAGCUAUGGCUAUGGUUAUGAUCCAGACUAAUGAAUCCUGUGACUCUCGUGUUGGGACUUUCAGGCGGCAAUUAGAGAAGAUAAUUCUUGAUAAGCAUGAAGAUACGAUGAGCAAGAUGGGUGCUAUAUUGGCUUCUGGAAUUCUUGAUGCUGGUGGAAGGAAUGUAACUAUUAAACUGCUUUCUAAAACUAAGCAUGAUAAAAUCACAGCUGUUGUUGGGCUUGCAGUUUUCAGCCAGUUCUGGUAUUGGUAUCCCCUUCUCUAUUUUAUAAGCCUCGCGUUCUCCCCAACUGCCUUUAUUGGACUUAACUAUGAUCUGAAAGUUCCAAAAUUUGAGUUCUUAUCAAAUGCAAAGCCUUCCCUAUUUGAAUACCCCCGCCCAACCGCACCUCCCACUUCGACUUCAGCUAUCAAGAUGCCCACCGCUGUUUUGUCAACAGCUGCAAAAGCAAAGUCUAAAGCUAAAAAGGAUGCUGAACAUAAAGCUGCUUUGGAGAAGCCAUCGAGUGAUGAUACAUCUAGUGGUUCAACUUCUGGAAAGACGAAUAAAUCUUCUGAGAAGGAUACUGAUGCAAUGCAGGUGGAUAGUGCUUCGGAAAAGAAGGUGGAGCCUGAACCGUCUUAUGAAGUUCUGACGAAUCCAGCCAGGGUUGUCCCUGCACAAGAAAAGUACAUCAGAUUUUUGGAGGAAAGUAGAUAUGUCCCUGUUAAGUUAGCACCCUCUGGUUUUGUGCUUCUCAAGGAUCUACAGCCAACCGAAGUUGAGGUACUCACACUUUCUGAUGCUCCAACGACCUUGCCAUCCAACGUUGGGGGUGCUGCAACGGCCACAACCGGUCAGCAGGGAUCAGGGUCUUCUGCAAUGGCAGUAGAUGAGGAGCCUCAGCCCCCACAACCUUUCGAGUAUUCUGGAUGAUGACUGACUUACCCCAUGCAAGAAGGAACGCCAGUGGGGUGGCUCAUUGCUGGGAGGCAAAUCAAACUUUUCCGUUUCUUGUCGUCUUGUCGUGUCAUCGUAAAUUUUUUUUCCCCUCGUGUUGUGAGAUUUGUUAGUGCAAGGAAUCAAGGUUACAAUUAUCAGUCAUCGGGGCAAUGCCGGACAACAUUUUAAGCUUAAUUCCGUUUUAAACUUAAAUUCUGCUAUCAUGACACUUGGAAGUCUCAAGAUUUUACA